CUUUCAGAACACGGUACUUUUUGUCUUGAAUUAUUUUUAAACUAUAUUUUCUCUUUUAAAAACGUAUUACUUGUAUUCCAUCUUUGUAGGAAAUUGAUAAAUUAUAAUUUUUUGACAUUUUCCUUAUUUACGACAUCUUUGAAAUUUGGCGCCAAAUCUGGUUCAAACUGGAUUGUGGGAGCUGACCUUUUCUUUAAUGCGCCAUUUUACAGGGAAUCAUUCGUAAGAAAACAAGUAACUAAACAUGGCACAACAAGAACCUGUUGCGAUCUUCAAGAUGGUCUUGGUUGGUGAUGGCGGUGUUGGAAAAACAACCUUUGUAAAACGUCAUUUGACUGGGGAAUUUGAAAAGAAAUAUGUGGCCACACUUGGAGUGGAGGUACAUCCAUUGACGUUCCACACAACGCGUGGGCCAAUCAGAUUCAACGUCUGGGAUACUGCUGGUCAAGAGAAAUUCGGAGGACUCAGGGAUGGCUACUAUAUUCAAGGCCAAUGUGCGAUUAUUAUGUUUGAUGUAACAGCCCGUGUGACUUACAAAAAUGUCCCCAACUGGCACAGAGAUCUUGUACGUGUGUGUGAAGGUAUACCCAUAGUCCUCUGUGGAAACAAAGUAGACAUUAAGGACAGAAAAGUUAAAGCAAAGGCCAUCACUUUCCAUAGGAAGAAAAAUUUACAGUACUAUGACAUCAGUGCAAAGAGUAACUACAAUUUCGAGAAGCCAUUCUUAUGGCUGGCUAGGAAAAAUAUUGGUGAUCAGAAUUUAGAAUUUGCAGAAAUGCCUGCUCUACAACCCCCAGAGGUCGUUAUGAACAAAGACCAAAUUGACAAAUGUGAACGAGAACUAGAGGAAGCCCAAAAUGUUGCACUUCCAGAUGAUGACGAUAAUGAUUUAUAGACAGUUGAAAAGCCGGACUAUUUAUUGUAAAGGAGCAUCUACUGUACAGAACACCCAAGCUCGUGGUUUAAAAAACUCUAUUCAUGUUACAUGGCGUACACCAGAGCACCCUUACUCAUGGUACGUGGCGUACACCAAAUAGCAACCUCAUCAUAGUACGUGGUGUACACCAUAGCACCCUCACUCAUGGUAAAUGGCGUACUCCAAAGACCUACAGUCCUACACAUAUUAUUCUACCAUUGUAUGUCAGUAUGUGUGAAACUUUAUCAGGCUUUGUAAAAUCAUCACCUCUCAGUUCAUAGACAUUCUAUUGGAACAUCACUCUAAGGAUUUGAAUGGAUACAUCAGUACAUCUAAACAACAACCUCACUGUGGCAAACAUUGAAGGAUUAAAGCGCUUGUGAUGUGAGGAAUUUAACUGAACUGAGUUUGUGUAUGUGUUUCUCAUUUAUUCAUGUAUGCUGCCAAUAUGAUAUGAACCAUGUCAUUAAAACUGGAUCAUUUUGGAUUACACCUGAACUACACAAACAAUGCAUUGAAUAAUGCCCAUAUAAGGCCAUAUUACGAUUGAAAGAUCUCACUGGAUAACAGCGUUUUGGGAUAUCAUGUAUUAAUGUGAGAUAGCGAUAUGAUGAUUGUUUGCUGCAGUAUGUGACAUCAAGUCUUGAUAAUUGACAUCUAAAUUGAGAAAUGACAUCUAAAUUUGUUCUUCUGCUUUACAGUAUAACAUUGAUAUAUGCCAUUCGUGUAGAGUUUCAACAAAAUGUACAAUGUUGAUCAUUGAUCUCAGUAAAUUCAAUCUAAUUGUAUUGAGUCUCAUUAUUUGCGUCUGGCAGAGUCUCAGUUUUGAGUAAUUUGAUUGGGUCAUUUAACCUCUGGAUAUAUUAUUGCAUUGUUCUAAUCCUAUGUGAUUUAAAAAUUAAAGUGUAAUGUGCUGGUAAUUUCAAAGCUUAAUACAUGUAAAUAAUGAAAUGGUAUGUUGUGUUUAAGAAUGUCACAUUUGAUUCAACCUUUCAAAGCUUGUUUUUAUGUCACAAAUAAAGUUAUUUACUUAUGAUCUGUAUAUGGAUGACAAACAAUUCAGUGGAAUUUUCUUGUUUUUCACUUUUUAAAUGGAAGGUUGAAUAUGAUGUUAGAAUGGUAGCUUUAUUUUUGUACUUUGCUAGUGGUAUACUGAUAUACUGUACUAUCAUUGCCUAUUGAAGCCAUAUAAAUGUUUGUCAUUCUCUAUGAAAAUAAAAAAAUUAAAAAACUUCAA